AAACAAAUUACUACAAUAGUCGUCCCCUCAUAAAAACUAUGUGCAAUGUCAAAAUUUGUUUUCGAUAGUAUGCUACCAAAGUAUCCACAGUUUCAACCAUUUAUAAGUUCACAUUUAACUACAACAUCACAAAAUUCAUCAUCAGCAGCUGUUGCCGCCGCCCUAGCCGUUGCCGCUGCCACCUCGUCCACGUCCAACAGUAAUAACAAUAAUAACAACCAACAAAAUAAUCACAACAGCAGCAACCAAAGUAAUAACAACAUUUCCAAUAAUUUAACAGGAGGUCACACCAAUAACGUUUCAUCAUCGUUGUUAUCACCCAACAAUUCGGGACACUUGAAUCAAUCGUCCAAUUCGCCAGUGUCAUCAUCAUCGCCCAGUUCUUCAACGGCCUUUGGUAGUUCUCUGGGACAACAUCCGUCGUCGUCACAUUUUGCCAGUGGCCAGCAUCAUCAGUAUUCGUUGACAGCAGCAUUACAAUUGCAACAGCAACAACAACAAUUACAUAUUAACAAAUUAGCAGCCGCAGUUGCCGCUUCCACACAACAUCAACAGCAGCAGCAACAACUUCAACAACAGAGUAACGGUAGCAGUUCCUCAUCGUUGCAACUUCAGCAGCAGCAACAACAACAGCAGCAUCAACAACAAUUGUUGUUAACACCACCCUCGGUGCAUAAUUCGCAUACCGGUGACAGCAGUUGUUCACCCUCACCGUCAGCAUCGUCAUCGCUGCAUCGCAGCUUAAACGAUUCAUCGCCGUCGUCAUCGGCUCAGGUCGUUAGUGCCGCAAGUUCAGUGGCCGCUGCAGCAGCUGCCGCCGCCGCUGCUGCUUCUUCGUCGUUUGCCAUACCGACAAGCAAAAUGUAUCCAUCCGUAUAUUCAAAUCAUCCCAGUUCACAUGGUGGCCUAUCGGGCAUGCCAGGUUUCACAGGACUCGAGGAUAAAACAUGCAGCAGGUACUCAGACUCAGUUAUGAACAGCUAUCAAUCGAUGAGCGUACCUGCAUCCGCAUCAGCCAGUUUUGCACAAUUCUAUCAGCAUGCAGCUGCCGCCUCAGCAGCAUCAGCUGCUUCAGCCGGUGCCAUUGGUGUUGAUUCACUGGGUAAUGCCUGUCCACAGCCCUCAUCGGGUGUGGUGCCCACCGGUGGAGUUGGUCAAGGUAUUGCCGAUUUACCCCGUUAUCCAUGGAUGACUUUAACAGACUGGAUGGGAAGUCCUUUUGAACGCGUCGUAUGUGGUGAUUUUAAUGGUCCCAAUGGUUGUCCUCGUCGUCGCGGCCGUCAAACUUAUACACGUUUCCAGACUUUAGAAUUGGAGAAAGAAUUCCAUUUCAAUCAUUACCUAACCCGACGACGAAGAAUUGAAAUCGCCCAUGCGUUGUGCUUGACCGAGAGACAAAUAAAAAUCUGGUUCCAAAAUCGUCGCAUGAAACUUAAAAAAGAAUUGCGUGCCGUCAAAGAGAUAAAUGAACAAGCUCGUCGCGAUCGCGAGGAACAAGAAAAAAUGAAAGCCCAAGAAGCCAUGAAAUCCGCCCAACAAAACAACAACAAAGUCCAACAGCAACAGCCACAACAACAGCAACACCAUCAACAGCAGCAACAGCAUCAGCAACAACAUCAGGAUCAUCAUUCGAUCAUCGCUCACAAUCCCGGCCAUUUGCAUCAUUCCGUUGUGGGACAAAAUGACCUCAAACUGGGACUGGGUAUGGGUGUUGGCAGUGGUCUGGGUGGUAAUUUGGGUAUGAUGAGUGCGUUAGAUAAAACAAAUCAUGAUUUGUUGAAGGCCGUUAGUAAAGUGAAUUCAUAAAUUUUAC